GUGUAUAUCACCUUUGUUGCUGAGGGGGCCUUCUUCGCAGUCUCAUCCUCGCUGCUGCUUUCAUACGCUCCAAGGCCUAACAUGAUUGCAAGUCUGAGGUCGGAUGAGUCGUCUGAGUGGGCGCUCUCUCGUUUCGCAAGCUAUAGAGUAUGGUUAAGAUUGAACUCUCUACCGUUAAAUGUCAGUCAAAGCAGCAGCCACAAGUCUGAGACUGGAUUGGCUUCAAUCGUUUCAAUACAAACGUACUGCACUGUUUUGCUUGCAGUGGAAAGACAAUACAAGUACUAGUGGAGAAGGGAGCUGUGAGCUAUCAGCUUAUAUAAGCCGAAGGCAGCUGCACCGCGUCACAGCGAUAAUACUAGUAAUAGCUCCACCCAAGAACUACUCAUCUUCUUCCCCCGAUCGAGAUUCAUUCAAAUCUAGAAGCCAUUUGUGUUAUCCAAGUUAACGACUCCACGUUACACUCUCCCUGUACUCACUUCGAAUUAUCUCCUAACCUUGGUCGAUACUGAGAUACCACUUAGAAGAUGAUGUCUUUCAUGGGUCACCAACCUCAGAGCGAGGCCGUCGGCUACUCCUUCUCUAAGCCAACAAACGCUCCAAACAAAGAACACUCAUUUUACCCGUACACUGACAACGGUGGCUCGACUUUGGGUAUUACAGGUGCUGACUUCGCUAUCCUUGCCGGAGACACUCGUUCGGUGGCAGGGUAUAAUAUCAAUUCUCGCUAUGCUCCCAAGGUUUUCAAAAUUGGUGGUGAUGAUGAUACUGGCGAGGGUGCCCAUAUUAUUCUGUCGGUCGUGGGCUUCGCUGCGGAUGGCCAAGCACUCAAAGAAAGAUUAGAUGCAGUGGUGAAGAUGUACAAGUAUCAGCACGGGAAGCCUAUGUCUGUCAGAGCCUGCGCUCAGCGAUUGUCGACCAUUCUUUACCAAAAGCGUUUCUUUCCCUAUUAUGUGCAUGCUAUUCUGGCCGGUUUGGAUGAAGAGGGCAAAGGAGCGUUGUACAGCUACGAUCCGGUAGGCUCAUACGAAAGAGAACAGUGCAGAGCAGCCGGAUCCGCCGCAAGUUUGAUCAUGCCAUUCUUGGAUAACCAAGUCAACUUCAAAAAUCAAUACAUCCCCGGCAGUGGGGACGGGCAUGCUCUCGAACCUAAGAAGCCUCAGCCAUUACCCAGGGGGACCGUCGAACAGCUCGUGCGUGAUGCAUUUACCAGCGCUGUAGAGCGACAUAUCGAAGUUGGAGAUGGCUUGCAAAUGAUGGUUAUUACGCAAAACGGGAUAGAAGAAAUCUACACUCCACUGAAAAAGGACUAG